AGGAGGGCGGAGGGAAAAGGGGGAAAGAGAUCGAGAAGCGGAAAAAAAGGAAAAUAAAGGCAAUCGGGCCGAUGUAAGGAAGUCGGAAGACGGAUGAGCAGCUCGGGCUGAGAGAGAGGGAAAAAAAACGGAAACAGACGACGCAGCGACGUGGAACAAAACCAACAACAAAAAAAAACAAGUGCGGAGGAAGACGAAAAAGGAGGAGGAGGAGGAGGAGGAGGAUAUUUUUAGACGCGCCGCCGACGCCGUUCCGCGAUCGGCCGACAGGAAGCGCGGCGACGCGGCCGAAGCCUCCGGGACAACACUCGCUCCGGGGAGCCGUCACGCCGCUUUCUCUCCCGUGGCUCUCGCGCGCCGAUGCCCGCGGCGGACUGCCGGCUGCUCCGUCAUGGCCGGAUCAUGAGGUGCCUGAGCUGCCUGCCGCUGCUGCCCGACGCCAUCCGAAAGUCCAAGAAGCUCGGCGCACUCCCGGCGAGACUCCCGCUGCCGUCCUACGACAAGCACAGGAAGAUGGCCGCGGAGCUGCGCGCCGCCAACGACGGCACCCCGGCGGUGGCGGAUGCCGACAAGGCGGCCACCAAGGAGGCGACGACGGCGACCCUCAGCCGGGCCGCCGCCGCCGCCGGAGGACAAGCCUGCGCCGCCGCGGCCACCAGCCCGAGCGGCGGCGACCGGCCAACCGCAACCAGCAACGGCAACAGCAACGACGACGACGCCGCCGCCGCCGAGCCCCGCAGCUGGCAGGGCAGCCACCCCACGCUCAGGGAGAGGAACGCCUUGAUGUUCAACAACGAGCUGAUGGCUGACGUCCACUUCGUUGUGGGCCCCCCGGGAGGCUGGCAGAAGGUCCCGGCUCACAAGUACGUGCUGGCCGUGGGCAGCUCGGUGUUCUGCGCCAUGUUCUACGGCGACCUGGCCGAGGAGGAGGCGGACAUUCACAUCCCGGACGUGGAACCCGCCGCCUUCCUCAUCCUGCUCAAGUACAUGUACAGCGACGAGAUCGAGCUGGAGGCGGACACGGUGCUGGCCACCCUGUACGCCGCCAAGAAGUACAUCGUCCCGGCGCUGGCCCGGGCCUGCGUCGACUUCCUGGAGACUAGCCUGGAGGCCAAGAACGCUUGCGUGCUGCUUUCUCAGAGCCGACUGUUCGAGGAACCCGAGCUGACGCAGCGCUGCUGGGAGGUCAUCGACGCUCAGGCCGAGCCGGCCCUGCGGUCCGAGGGGUUUUGCGAAAUCGACGCGCCUACGCUGGAGAUCAUCCUGCGCCGCGAGACGCUCAACGCCAAGGAGGCGGCGGUGUUCGAGGCCGUCACGAGCUGGGCGGCCGCCGAGUGCCGGCGGCGGGGCCUGGGGCCCGGCGCCCGCAACCGGCGGAGAGUCCUGGGCAAGGCGCUCUUCCUGGUGCGCAUCCCCACCAUGAGCCUGGAGGAGUUCGCCGACGGGGCGGCGCAGUCCGACAUCCUGACGCUGGAGGAGACGCGCAACUUGUUCCUGUGGUACACGGCCGCCAACAAGCCCCACGUGGACUUCCCGACGGGCGCCAGGACGGGUCUGGCGCCCCAGAGGUGCCACAGAUUCCAGUCUUCGGCCUACCGGAGCAACCAGUGGCGAUACAGAGGGCGCUGCGACAGCAUCCAGUUCGCCGUAGACAAGCGGAUCUUCGUGGCCGGGCUGAGUUUGUACGGAUCGAGCGGCGGCAAGGCCGAGUACGGCGUCCGCAUAGAACUCAAGCGGCAGGGCGCCGUGCUGGCCCAGCGCCUCACAAAGUUUGUCUCUGACGGCUCCAGCGGGACCUUCCCGGUGUGGUUCGAGCACCCGGUUCAGAUCGAGCCCGAUGCCUUCUACACGGCCAGCGCGGUUCUGGACGGCAACGAGCUCAGCUACUUCGGCCAGGAGGGCGUGACGGAGGUGCAGUGCGGCAAGGUCACCUUCCAGUUCCAGUGCUCCUCGGACAGCACCAACGGCACCGGCGUGCAGGGGGGGCAGAUCCCAGAGCUCGUCUUCUACGCCUGAACGCCGGACGGACGGACGCCGGGACAUCCUGUCGUGUAGCAUUGCGAACCUCUAACAGAGACUCUUCCGGAACGCCCCUUAUUUAAUUUAAGCUUAGUUUUUUUUAUUUAAACACUGCAAUAGUUGACAACACAAAUGGACUACUUUCCGUUCUAAAAACAAGCAUGGUUGAGUCGAGGCAACUCCUGGCGAUCCGCAAAAGUUGAAUGGGGGCGAGCGCCGAGAGACGAGUCAGGAGGCAACUGUACAGUUCGGUCGCCUCCAUUCAACUUUUGCGGAAUGCCGUGAACGGUUCUGCCGCAAAAGUUGAAUGGAGGCACUGGACUCGUUUGUACAACCAAGAAGAGUCCCUCGCCAAAUAAAGUCUAGUUGAAGACCACUUUCACGUACAAAAAUGCAGAUUCCAGAACUGUCUUCCAAAAAAUUCCAUUUUCUUUCCUACUACCACAACCCUUCCACAUUUCUUCACUCAUUAAGAAUUCUUCAUUUUACAUUAGAAAAUGAUAACUUCAACGGACAAAUUUAACAAAACCUCCCAACUGAUUGAAGCCAAAUUUCAACAACCAAGAAGAGUCCCGUUGCCCGGAUUGGAUUUUUCUGGAUUACCGUGACCGAGAUGACCGACAAGCUACACGGACGGGCGAGUAGCGUCCUGGGGUUUUGCACUUGUUCUUGUUUCAAAACAAUCGGUUGCCAAAACAGGAGAGAAAAAGUGUUUAUGUACCAGGAUGAUAUAAAAGUGAUCCAAAGUG